UCAGCGCAGGGGGCGGAGGAGGGACCAGCGCAGGGAUGGGGGGGGUCCCAGGAAGGGCAGCCGCCGGCCCCCACCCCGCAGCCACUCACCCCGUCCGCCCGAGGCGCCUCAGGGCUCUGGACCGAGGGGGACUGGGGGGGGCGGGUAGCCUGGCAGUGGGGAGAGGUGGUUAGGGCCAGGCUGCCGGGUCCCUAGCACCCCAGUUCCCCAGAGACAUGGCAAGGAGCUUUCCCACCCCAACAAUAGCAGACACCUAGGCUGCUGCAGAAAGGGAGGCAACCGCUCUGCGCUUCUCUCCCCGGGCGUCUUGUUCUCUUUCCUCCUCCAUCUUUCCCGUUUCCUCCACUCCUGCCCUUACCCCAUUCUCCUCCUCUCUGGCGCGGCCAGAAACAGCGAGCCGUCUUGGGGGGCUCUGACUUCACCCUACAGGAGGUAGGCAGAGCAAGCAAGUCUAUCAAAACCCCAAACUUGGACAGCGGACUUACUCCAAGCUCAGCCAGGUGUUAAAUACCCCGGAUCCCGGCCUCCGCUGGCUGUUGGAGCCAACCGCACCCCGACUCCAAGACCCUCCCACGACUGGUGGGGCUGGGGAUGCUGGAGGGCUGUGGGUCUGUCCUUCCUCUCCUCCUCCCUCUACACUGUGUACGGAGGCUCAGCGGGGCCUUUGGGACCUGUCCGCUCCCUCGGGAUCUGCUAGCCCUAGGGGUGUCCGGGAAGUGCUUGGGGCCCCUCCUGGCCCCCCCAACACUCCGCCCCCCGCACUGGGCUUGCAAGCUGACUGCCGGGCCCACAGCGGGUCCUUCCCCUACCUUGGAUCCUCCCUCAGCCUCUCAGGCCAGGACCCAGCCCCAGGCAGGAGGGUGUCCGUGGGCCAGGGCGCAGCCACCUGGAGGAGUGGAGGGGCAGAAAGCCCUCUGCCUCCCGACAUUUGUCCCGCUUCGGGCGGGGACGGGGGAGGAGAGAUGAGGGGGGUGGGGUGAGCCUGCCCGAGCGGGUCCGCUGGGCCGGGCCGGGCUGACCCCUCCCCAGCCGGGGGCGGGACCCCAGGAGGAGCAAGGGAGCAGAGCCGUGGGGAGCCUCAGACCCUGGAGAGGCGACAUGGCGGGAACAGGUCCCGGGGCCCGCUUCUACCGGCAGAUCAAGAGACACCCCGCGCUCAUCCCGAUGAUCGGCUUCAUCGGCCUGGGGAUGGGCAGCGCCGCGCUGUACCUGCUGAGACUCGCCCUGCUCAGCCCCGACGUCUGGGUCCUAGCUUCCAGGGAGCAACCCCUCACCGUCCCCCUCCCUCUCUGUAGCUGGGACAGAAAGAACAACCCAGAGCCAUGGAACCGCCUGAGCCCCAAUGACCAAUACAAGUUUCUUGCAGUUUCCACGGACUAUAAGAAGCUGAAGAAGGACCGGCCCGACUUCUGAGCUGGCCGGGUUGCAAGUGAGAAGUGAAGCACCGACUCAUUUCUUCCACUCGCUGCCCCCUGCCCCCAGGGCGCCACUCUCGCCACCCCGGCCAGCUGCUGCUUACACAGGCUUGGUUCCCACAGGAGGGGAGACAGCUCCCCACCCCCUUCCCUUGCUCCCAGCAGCGGAAGCGCCUCUGACCCUCAGCUCCAGUCCCACGCGGGGGGGAGGAGUUAGAGGGCAGGCAGUGUGUAGACGGAAAGGCUCAAACCCGCCCCUCUGCCCCCCUACCCAGGCCGGCCGGGUGUGGCCCAGGCUACGUGUUGAGCGUGGCCAACGUGAGCCAGGAGCAAGCGGAGGCCUCCCAGUGCCAAGUGACGUGGCGGGCCCCACGUUAGCCGGGCUCCGGCGCCAGUGCAGGGGCGGCGCUGCUCUGGCUCGACUGGGCUCGCUGCCUGCGCCCGGCCUGCCCUGGAUGCGACACCUUCGCUCGCUCGCGGAGCCGAGCUCCUCCCUGUGCCCAAGCCCACUGCUUCCAGAGCCAACAGGCAUCCCCUCCCACAGCCCUGCACCUGGGCCUCCCCGCCCCCUCCCUUGCUCCCCUCAGUCCCCUGGGAUCAAACAGAAGCAGCCGUGGGCAAAAUACAAUUUCAUUUAACAAAUUGAA